AUGCCUAUUGAAUUCCGGACACUGAUUUUUGGAAUUGUAACUAUUCUUGUGCUGUUUUUAAUUAUUGCCGAUAUUUCUGAAGUCGAGGAAGAAAUCGCGAAUAUCGGAGAUUCAAGAAAGUUUUACCUUCACAACUUUGUUCCCAAGUCUAACAGAAAUGCAGCUUUGAGGGCUGAUCCCACUUCCGUAGGAAGCUCUAUGGAAGGCACAAGUUCUGGCUCCCCACCUCCACCUCCAUCUCCUCCAAUGGCAAAGAAUAAAACCAGUCUCUCCACAUCAACCUGGACGUUCAACAAGACCCUUUCAGACCUCAUCAGGAAGAGCGUCCUGAAGUUCUUGGACCCAGAGAGAGACAUCUCCAUCCUGAAGGGUACAUGGAAACCUGGUGAUGUCAUCCAUUAUAUCUUCGAUCGACAGAGCACAACUAACAUCUCUGAGAACCUGUAUCGACUCCUGCCCACCUCAUCGCCCAUGAAGAACCAACACUACAAACUGUGUGCCAUCGUAGGGAACUCAGGGAUAUUACUCAACAGCAGCUGUGGACCAGAGAUUGAUGCUCAUGAUUUUGUCAUCAGGUGUAACCUGGCCCCAGUCGAGGAGUAUUCAGGGGACGUGGGUCGCCGUACCAACCUGGUGACCAUGAACCCGUCGGUGGUCCAGCGGGCUUUCCAGGACCUGAAGACGGAGGAGUGGAGAGAGCGUUUCAUUCGGCGUCUGCAGAGUCUGAGUGGUAGUGUGCUGUGGAUUCCUGCCUUCAUGGCUAAGGGAGGAGAGAAGAGAGUGGAGUGGGCAGUCCGCCUUAUCCUCACACAUACUGUCAAUGUACGCACAGCUAUACCCUCACUCCGACUGCUCAACGCCGUUAGAGGGUACUGGCUGACCAACAAGGUGCAGAUAAAGAGGCCUACCACAGGUCUUCUAAUGUAUACCAUGGCCACACGUUUCUGUGAGGAGAUCCACCUGUAUGGUUUCUGGCCUUUCGCUCGUGAUGCAGAGGGCAGACCGGUUAAAUACCACUACUAUGACACACUGACUUAUGAGUACACGUCCCAUACUGGCCCUCACACCAUGCCACUGGAGUUCCGCACUCUGAGAACUCUCCACAGACAGGGGGCCCUUCAGCUACACACAGGGGUCUGUAGACCUCCGACAUGA